AUGAACCAGAGAAAGUCGGAAAUUCGCAGAAGGGACUUGGACGAGAAACUCGGUACCGACGAUUUUGAAGCAUUCUUCAAUGGCCCGCGAGCAAAGGAGAUAAAGGAAAUGUUUAAAAACGCUGCAAAGGACGGAAACCCAAUGGUAAGUGUCACCGAUUUUACGCGAUGAGGGACUACCUUCUGCUACGAUUGCAAGCGGCCAGCAGUGCAGGGCCACAUCAAACCUUACCAUUUACGAAUUUGCAAAUGGUACCUGGAAGGGGUCGGAAGAAGAACGUUUCUUUGUGACCAGAACCCUCCGCCACAAAACGUCGUCCGGAGGGCCAGCAAAACUGCUGUGGGAUGCUGAGCUCUCAAAGCUGAGAGGUACCCAUGAGAAUGCAAGUUCAGUGGUACCAGCAGCAGUCUGUUCUCGCCAUGCCGCUGUUCUUUAUCUCGUCAAAAGGCAAUCCCCUGGACGAGUCGCAGAUGGGGAAACAGGUGGCCCCUCAUCUCAAGGGGACACUGAAGAGUUCCCGUCUGCGUAAGAGCAUUGUGAGCCUGCAGCGGGAGCAGAGCAGUGCUGCUGGUUCAAAGGCACAACUGGCGAAGCAAAUGGGGCACUCAUUGGAAACUAUCACAUCGAAACAGAAGCGGAAGGUGAUGCGAGAGUUCAAAAGUUAAUUGAUCAGCUGACCCAUGGAACUGUGCCACCACUGGUCGACGUGCGGUUACUACCAACAGACGAACCCCACAUGACAACCAGAAAUCCAGAGCCAGAGCAGGGUGACGGCGGUGAAGAAACGGUUGAGGGCAGUAAAGGCAAGGGUGGUAAAGACAAGGGCGAUGGUGGAUAA